UCACCAACGUUUCGGAAAAAAUUAUUUACGAGGAAAUCUACACAACGCUUUUGCCUUAGAAUGGAUCCGCAAGAGAACUCCGAGUUGGAUAGAACGAACGCAGAGGAGCCUGCUCCAUCGAUGAUGAUUAAAAUACGCAUCGUUGAAAACGGCAGCACAGAAGUACCUGCCAGCUCUACGCGGACCAUCCAUGGCGGUAGUAUCUUCCAAUCUACCACCGUCAUGGGUGACGGCACAGGGACCUGCAGCAUCGACAGUGCUACUGCUAGUGCUUCCAUCUCUUCGACCAUUAAUCAGACGACUGCAUCAGAGCCAAUGCCGAUGCCACAACCCACACUGCGUCUCGUUCUGCGACGUCCCGACACGACCCGUCGGGUUAGCUUCCACGUUGAUGUUGUCGACAACGAGAACAUGAAUCGUCGCAGAUCCAAGUGCUGUUGCAUCUACAACAAGCCGCACCCCUUCGGCGAGAGCUCCUCCGAAACGGAUGACGAGUGCGAGCACUGUUUUGGGCAUCCCGAGGUGCGGGCAGAGAAUCGCCAAAGGAAGAUGAAGGCCGCCUGUGGUUGCGGCUGUAGGGGAGGCCACACUCACUCGGAUGCCACAGUGUUGGUGUCAGAAGAGCAAGAGACCUCAGGGUCCCAGCCAGAAGUGCAGCAUCAGCAGAAUGCUCCAGAAUAUCAUUUGAAGACUCAAACAUCUGCUCAGCAGACCGCUGAUGAUCCGGAUGGGGAAGCCCAAGAAAUGCCUGCAAUCGUAGAGGAGCCAAGACUAUUCGAAUUUCCAGAGAUCUCAGCAAAGCAGAAGCAACACAAUGGGGAGGACACACUGUCCUAG